CUUUCUCCAAAAACACCACGAUUGAGACUGUAUAAGUCAGUGGCACCAAUUAUGGGCUCGCCAUCGACUUCAAACCCGGGAAAACCGUCUGAUACGGUCCCAAGUGCCACGGAGAAACCCAAUCACAAGAAGCUCCCCCGGCUACCAGAAAGUUUGUACCCCUCCAAAAACCUAUCAUUCUCUUCUGACAUACACAAAAACAGCCCACAAGAUAGUCAAGAGACCGCUCCUUCAUCCUUCCAUUUCAUCGCCAUACUCGGCCUCCUCCACUGCGCCCAAAGUAAUCUACGUCAAAGCCAAUGCAUCUUUCAUCGCAACCAUAAAACGAGUCCGUCACUACCUCGCAGGUAUCGAGAACCGAAUAUCCAAUUCUUCUCAACAAAAAGCACACAAUAACCGCAAAGGAAAUAAUAGAGGACACGCAAAGGACAAAACUGAGGAGCUUCGUGCGUUAAUGAACGAAAAUGAUGGGGAAUUCUUGAAGAAGGUGGAGGAUAAUGUUAAGAAGAGAGGGCAAGGUGAGGAAGUCAUAUUGCAAGCUACUGGAAAAGCAAUUUCGAAGCUUCUCAGUGUCGCUGCAUGGCUGGAGAAUGAAGCAAAUGGACAGGAAUUCGUGGUUAGGAUACGGACGAAGAGUGUGGCUACUAUUGAUGAUGUGGUUGUUAAAGGCGAGGAAGAAGGUUUGGGGACGGAGACUGAGAAUAGAAUCAGGAGGACGAGUUGCCUCGAAGUUGGCGUCAGGUUGAAGGCCGUAUGAUUUCCUUAUUUCAACGACCUUUUGAGAUACCCAUAGAGUAGUGGUGGAAAACCAUGCAGUUUUUGAUGACUUACAUACUAUAAUACGGUGAGAACACUAUACCCUAAAUCAGAACGAGUCUGUAACAGAAAGAAAAUAGUUACUAAUAGUGUCCAAGACAGUUGAGUGGUGGUGGUUUUAAACGAUGACCAAAACAAAACACAGAGUUGAUCUGGCGAUGAAAUAAGAUACAACAAUUAUUUGAUAUGAAGUGCAUUAUAUUGUGGAUGAAGACUGUAAGGAAUGAACUUCGUAUGUUGGUUUCCCUUUGCUUGUUGGUGAAUUUCUGUGCAUGUCUGUUGUU